AUGCCCACGGCUGCAUUUCUUGUUUUCGGCUUCGUAGUUCUCCCCAGUCUGGAUAAGGCUAUUGUCGUUUUGAAAUUAAUCAAAAGUGCUUAUAACGGAAUGGAUGAAGUAAGCAGCAAUUAUAACAAAGGCUACCAAAAACCAGGAAAAACUAAUUGUGAAACUAGACAAAGUAAAGUCUUAACCAUUGACCCUGAUUUUUUGGAUGAUUUAGAAAUAUUCUUUUUGGCUGAUGUAGCCCGAGAUAGCAAUUUAAAUCCUUACAAACUUUUUAAAUCCGUGAUUGUUAAAAAGUUAGAAAAUAAUGUCCUGGCUACUAUCCAUGAUGAAAAGAGUGUGGUAUAUAGAAUAAUCAAUCCGGACGAAAUCCAACAUGAAAAAACCCUAGGAGGAGGUAUGGAAAAGUUUGCUUACCACGUGGAAGUAGUUGGGGACCAGGAAAGAAAUAUUUUACAAAACGACAUUGCCACUCUCCAAAAUUCGGCUGAUGUAGCAGUCGUGGAAGGAUUAAACAAAAAAAUCUCUAAUUUACGAACUCAAAAUGAAGAAUUGAUUAAAAAAAAUAGGAAGUUGGAGCAAAAAUCAAAAACUAAAAAUAAUCAAGGCAAUGAUAAUUUGCCCCAAUUAAAAGCAGAAUUAUUUAACCAAGUCCAAAAUAUUUACCAAGAAUUAAAAGACCAAAUAAGCCAAGCCACUAUUGCUUGGGGUCGGCAGGAAAUAGAAAAAAAACUGGGAGAGGACGAGAACCAGAAAUCCCCCUCUCCCGAAAACAAAAAAGAAAUAGUGGUAGAUUUAAUUAAGUAUGAGGAGAAUGAUUUAGGAGAAUAUGAAAAUAUUGAAAUCCAAUUUAAAUCGGGCAAGAUUUUACGGACUAGACCCAAGGAUUAUGUGGAAUCUGUGAAACCCGAGAAAAAAGAAAUUUUUCUCAAAGAUGAAGAAAUUACUCUCUUUUUCAAUAAUUCCACCAAAACUCCUAAUUUAUUAGAUGCUGAAACUAUUUAUUUAGAGGAUUUAUGA